UCAAAACAAAGCGUGGCCUGGCUCCGGCCGCACGGAAGUGCUUUGGUUUCGGUGGUUACUGCCCACAAUAGUAGGAGAGAAAUGAGGGCUGACACAUAUUUAAAAUUCAGUUAGCUCUCCUAAAAGCGUUUUUCAUUUCACUAGUAUUUGAUGUUUCAUUCCUAUUCUAUAGAUAUUGCCUGAACUGAACGAAGACUAGCUAGCUAGCUUGUUAGCUAGGUUCACUCAUGUCAGCAGCCAUGCCGUCCUACUCUGAACUGAGGAAAAGCAACCACUUCUACUACUUCAUCAAAUUUACACUCAAUAUCUACUCAAUGCUCUUCUCGCUGAUGGGUCUCUGUGUGCUCUGUGUGGGGGUGUACGCUGAAGCGGAACGGCAGAAGAACCGAACCCUGGAGGGCCUCUUCCUGGCCCCCGCCGUGGUGCUCAUCCUGCUGGGCCUGGUGAUGUUUACAGUGUCGGUGGUGGGCAUGGUAGGAUCGCUCCGGGACAACAAGACCCUGCUGCACAUGUUCCUCUGUGUUCUCUGUGUGUUGCUGCUGCUUCAGGCCGUCGGCCUCACCACGGCGCUCAUCUUUGAAAACAAGACUUCUGCAUUGUUUCAGAGCAGUAUACGUGAAGGAAUUAAACACUACUACGAUGACCUGGACUUCAAAAACAUCUUGGACUAUAUGCAACAAAAGUUUUCAUGUUGUGGAGGGGACGAGUAUAAAGACUGGGGAGUCAACCAGUACCAUUUCUGCAAUGGUACUGGUCCACUAGCCUGCGGGGUUCCGUAUACCUGUUGUGUUCGCCGCAAGGUAGGAGAGGUCAUCAACACUCUGUGUGGUUACAAGACUCUGAAUGAACAGCGUGAAACCCUGCAUGAGUUGAUCCAUGUGCGAGGCUGCAUCCAUGCAGUCAACCUGUGGAUGAGUGACAACAUUGGAAUAACUGUUGCUCUCUGCUGCGCCAUCGGGCUGCCUCAGCUGCUGGGCAUCAUCCUGAGCUGCGUCUUCUGGAACCUGCUGGUGGACAUGAGCGAGUCGGCCGACAUGGUGGACUUCAAGCUGAAGAAGGCGGAGGUCGAGUACAGCGAGCUGGACCUGGCCGGCGCCGGCUGGUGUAUGUGUCUGCCGAGGGACGGCGGCUACCUGCCCGUCCCCGCCGCCGAGCCCGAUCUGGACCCCAUCGACGUUCACCUGCAGAAGCUGAAGAAGCAGGCGCCUCGCACACACUCACAGCUCCGAGAGCUGCAGCAGUCCAUGUCGGCCACCGGGCUGGACGAGGUGGACGUCGGCCGCAAGCAGAAAAGGGAACACUGAUCGGUCGUUUUGCCCUUCCUUGCCUUUUGGGUUUUUGCCUUUUUUUCUGUCAUUGUAAUAAUUUUUUGGAGUCGUGUUGCACUACGUAAUGGUUGAACAUGUAAUGGAUCAGCUGAAGGGAUCAGAACUACCUUGGCACUUUGUGGAUGAAUUUGUUUACUACAACAAUAGAUGGAACAACAUUGGCUUUUAAAAAUACAUUUCUUUUGUAUUGUUUGUGGCGGUUGAAAUUCAAAGAUUUAUGGCAUUAUAUCACAUUUUGUUAAAUUGUUUUAGCCUUUGAAACUGAGCUGUGUCUCAUGUGCUAAAGCUUACCUCAGGCUGAAGACAGCCCAGUAGUCAGAGGACAGUUCUAUUCGGUGUGUUAAUUAACGGUAGCUUGAAAAGAUGUUUUUCAGUGUUGGAGAAAUAGGAAUAGCAAAGUAUGUCUUGCUUGUAGCGUCUGUGACGGAUGUGUACAGUUUGUGUAUUAUUUCUUUUUAUCAUGAUUUCUAUUUGAUUUUGUGCAAUCAGUGUACAUUGUAAGACUGGUAGUUGUGGAAUAACAUGGGAUGCAUGUUUUGUACUGUAUAUAAAGUAAGUUAAAAAAAAAAAAAAAACAAGAAAAAGUCAGUUUACAUGUCAGGCUCUCAUCGGGGGGGCUUCAGUCUAUUCCAUUUUUAAACUAAACUUUUUAUUCCAUCUUUUAAUGGAACAACUAAAGGGAUUGUCCAGACUCCAGAUCGGUGAAGAGGGACUCUACGAUGGUUUUUGUAUCUGAGUUAUGCACUGUUUUGAGCUUCCCCCUAGCUCCUGCCUUGUAUCAGCACUAAUGUUCUUGUCAAUAAAGCUGAAUUUGUCUACUGA